AUGAAUUCCAGAAGACUGCUCUCGGAAUCACGGAGAACAUUUCCUGCUCCUAAAGCACACUGCCAGCAGCCGUCGCGGGUCCUGGUGGUGGACGUCACCUCUCCCAGCUGGACCAACACCUGCUCUGCUGUGGCCGAAGCUCUGGACAACGCGCUCUGCCUGGCCUGCAGCCUGAUAGGGCCCUGCCGCGUCCCGCUGCUGAGCCUCUACGCGGUGCAGGGCCAGCAGGAGUGCCUGCUGCCCUUCACGCAAGUGAGAGAAAACUUCGCACGAAUUCAAGCCUGCAUUUCGGAGCUCCGUUCCCUACCGAGAGAAGGCUGCUUCCCGCAGGGGGGACACGGCGUGGUGCAAGCUGUGCAGGACGGGCUGCAGCAGUUCAAGCAAUACAGCAGACACACAGCAGCAGGAGGCUCCACAAACACUUCUGUGGAGAUCACAAUUUUGACGAGCCAGUCCAGCAGAGAGAUGGUAACGCAGCUGGAAAAGAAGUUAAUUGAUGUAGAUCUCGUGAGCCUGAGGAAGAUACAAGUCAUCGAGGUUUUGAAGAGAGACUUUCUGCAGCCCGAGGAUCAGUGCGUGCCAGCAGAAGACCCCAGCAGCAGUG